AUGGCGCAAGAGCAGCAACGAAAGAAGAAAGUCGUUUCGAUUGCGCUGCUGGUGGCCGACACACCACCUCCGCCGGUCGUGGCAGUUCGAGGCAACUAUACCAAGAUCUAUCCACGCUUCCUUCAAGAGUCGCUCAAUACGAUCAAGCGCCAUCCGUGGCAGCCUCACGUCGAAUUGCACAUCCGAUGCUACGAUGUCGUCAACAAGAUGGAGUAUCCGGACGAGGGGCAGCUUGGCGAUGGACUGUGGGACGCAGUCAUGAUCACGGGUAGCGCCUCGUCCGCAUAUCUUGACCUGGAGUGGACGAAGAAGCUCGCAGCGUUCCUGCGAUCGACCGCCGAGAAUCACCCUCUGGUCCGUCUCAUAGGCAUCUGCUACGGUCACCAGAUACUUUCGCGCGCCUUCGACGGCGUAGUCACUUCCAAUCCCAAGGGCUGGGAGCUUGGAACGCACUCCUGCACUCUCACGGAACAUGGACGCGAAUUGCUCGGCUACGACGGACCCUCGGAUGGCGAUCAGAUGGCCAUCCAGCAAGUCCACAAAGACCACGUCGUCGAUGUUCCGCCCGACUUUGGUGGCGAGAGUUUCGAGAACCUCGCAUCGACAGAGGUGUCCCCUAUCCAAUCGCUCAUUCUCAAGUACCCGACGGAAGCACCACCUCUUCCCUCCACCGCUCAGACCUCCGCCUACAUGGCCUUCGACAUCGAAGACUCAGAGACCGCUUCUUCUGGCCCACAUCCCUUGCGCUCGCUCCACGUACUGACCUUCCAGGGUCAUCCAGAGUUCGACCGUGAGAUCGUCGAAAACAUCAUCGAGGUCCGUACCGAGAUGGGCAUCGUAACGGGCGAGCUUAGGGAACGCUCGUUGGUCAAUGCGAAAAAGCCGCACGACGGGCUCAAACUCGGACGUGCGAUCCUAGCCAUGCUGGGCGUAGAAGAGGCGCGCACGGAUACAGGCGACGAGAUGGUCAACGUUUAA